AUGGAACAGGAGCAGCGCCCUUCAGUCGUCUCAACGUGGUACAAGCUGCCACUAGAACCGUCGGGACAAGGAUACAUCGUUCGCAUGUGCAACUCCAUGAGACAUCUACAGAAGGAAGGCAACGCGGUAACAGUCUUGUGGACGCCGCCGCAUGGCGUCAGCAAGUGGCAGAAGGUCGCUGAGAAGAAAGCACAGAAAGCCACCGAGUCGAAGACGGCCCGGCCACCGACACAACGACCCAGAAUGAGAUCCACCAUGCUUAAUGCUGCACGAGCCAAACCAGGCCACCACCGGCAUCCUACCAGACAAAGACGGAAUGUAUUCGAAGAGAGCUGA